GAUACCAGAAACUUUUCAGUCGCACUGGUGCCUCUGAGUGAAACAGAUCCUCAAUAUUGAUAUCAGGCUUGAAAUAGAAUAAUACACCUACGAUAUGGCAGCAACGGAAUCAUUUCUGGUCGUCCUUCUUCUCCUAAUCGCCCAAUCGAUGGCCCAACUAUCUCAUAAAGGAGGAAGUUGUCCAUUGAGAAAUAGUGUCAGCAAAUGUACGCCAUCAUGUGUGAGUGACUAUCAAUGCAGUUCUAAUGAAAAGUGCUGUCCAAAUAAAUGUGGAAACCAAUCAUGUGCUACGCCUAGUUCAACAAAUACAGGAUCUGACGGAGGUUACAAAUCAUCGUCUAAAGGUGAAGUUGUCUACUGUGCAGGUGUGAAAUGCCUUCAAUAUGAGAAGUGUGAGUUCGACAGAAACUCCAAACGUGAUAAAUGUGUUCGAACUUGAAUAUAAAAUACCAAAGCCUAAUAAAAUACUAAAAUAUACUCUAUAUUAAAGAUAAUAAUAAAUAACCUUUUCUCGCAAUAAAAAA